AUAAAUAAAUAUUUUCUCGGUCGCUUCCGUUUCCUCCGGCCCGUUUGUCCGUUCGGAUCGAUGUUCGGAAUUCUUCACUGUCCGUAGCCUCCAAUCGCCAUUAACGAACCACAUAUGCCAUUCAAAUCGACUCCCCUAGUUCGUUUCUGUACUACUGUAUUGCCAUAUCUCUACAGACAAGGCGACGCGAGAAAGCGGGAAUUCCGAAACCCCCACAGUUGAAGAAGAGUCAAGUUUCAGAUGGCUUUUGUGGUUGGUUUGGUAAUCGGAUUGGUCGUCGGUUUGGCUCUGAUCGUCGUUUUCGUCCGCUCCGAAAAUUCCCGAUCCAAGCGGCGGACUGACCUCGCGGCGGCGGUCGCGGCGUUUGCUCGGAUGACGGUGGAGGAUUCGAGGAAACUGCUGUCGCCGGAGUAUUAUCCGUCCUGGGUGGUAUUCUCGCAGCGCCAGAAGUUGACUUGGCUUAAUGUUCAGCUGGAGAAGAUCUGGCCGUACGUUAAUGAGGCUGCAUCUGAUCUGAUAAAGUCGAAUGUGGAGCCUGUUUUGGAGCAGUAUAGGCCAGUUCUGUUGGCUUCUUUGAGCUUUUCGAAAUUCACGCUUGGGACUGUUGCUCCUCAGUUUACAGGGGUUUCAAUUAUUGAAGAUGGGAGUGAAGGAGUUACCAUGGAGUUGGAGAUGCAAUGGGAUGGCAACCCUAGUAUAAUACUUGAUAUUAAGACUUAUCUUGGUGUCUCUCUACCUGUGCAGGUGAAAAAUAUUGGGUUUACUGGGGUCUUCAGGCUGAUUUUCAGACCUUUAGUUGAGGAGUUGCCUUGCUUUGGAGCUGUUUCUUAUUCACUACGCCAAAAAAAAAAACUGGAUUUUACACUUAAAGUUAUUGGAGGAGACAUAGGAACAAUACCUGGUCUUUCUGACGCCAUUGAGAGUACUAUUAGGGAUGCCGUUGAAGAUUCAAUAACAUGGCCGGUUCGAAAAAUUAUUCCUAUACUGCCUGGAGAUUAUAGUGAUCUUGAACUGAAGCCUGUUGGAACCUUGGAGGUGAAGCUUAUUCAAGCAAAAAAUUUGACCAAUAAAGAUCUUAUUGGGAAAUCUGAUCCUUACGCAGUGUUGUACGUUCGGCCCUUGCGCGAUCGAACAAAGAAGAGCAGGACAAUUAACAACGAGUUGAAUCCAAUCUGGAAUGAACAUUUUGAGUUUGUCAUUGAGGAUGCUUCAACCCAACACUUGGUGGUUAAAAUCUAUGAUGAUGAAGGGAUUCAGGCCUCUGAACUAAUAGGAUGUGCCCGCAUUCAGAUAUCCGAGCUUCAGCCGGGAAAGGUGAAGGAUGUGUGGUUAAAAUUGGUGAAAGAUUUAGAGAUUCAGCGAGACAAUAAAGACAGGGGGCAGGUGCACUUGGAGCUUCUUUAUUGCCCCAUUGGCAUGGAGAGUGAGGUUGCAAAUCCGUUUGCCCAGAAGUACGCAAUGACUUCCUUGGAGAAGGUGUUUAAAAGUGGAGCCGAAGCAAAAGAACUAGCUGAAAAUGGCAACGGGAAAAAAAGGAGAGAAGUCAUUGUAAGAGGAGUGCUGUCUGUUACUGUCAUAUCUGCUGAAGACUUGGCGCCGGCUGAUGUUAUGGGGAAGGCCGAUCCUUACGUGGUACUCACUAUGAAGAAAACUGAAUCGAGAAAUAAAACCCGGGUUGUGAAUGAUAGUUUGAACCCUGUGUGGAAUCAAACUUUUGAUUUCGUUGUUGAGGAUGGACUGCAUGACAUGCUGAUCGUUGAACUUUGGGACCAUGACACAUUUGGGAAGGAUUUUAUGGGAAGAUGUAUAUUGACUCUGACAAGGGUUAUACUAGAAGGUGAAUAUAUCGAAACAUUCCCAUUAGACGGUGCGGAACAGGGAACACUCAAGCUGCAGCUAAAGUGGACUUCGCAACCUAUCUAUCGCGACUCCUCCUGAUCCAAUUCACAGGCAAGUGUUGGUUAAUUCGAUUCUCAUGUGUUUCCACUAUGUUAUGUUGUAGAGGGUGGACAUUCGAAAAUCGGGAUCUUAUAUUCGACUCUAAAGUGUUGUGUUUUUAUAUGUAAAAUAUAUGUUGGGUUGUGUGAAUAAUAAUAUAUUCAGUCACUUGAAGAACUAUGAGACUUAGAAGAAGGGCAUAUUCAUUCCAUUCUAAUUCCUUGGGAGAUUAUUUAGAGGGAAGUUUAUGCAGCCCUCCCUUGUUUAGCCAUAGGUACAACUGUUGGACUAUUUAUAUAUACAUAUAUGUAUAUAUAUUUGUUUGUGGCAUUGUUGUAUACUUAUGUACCAUCAGUUUUGUGGUGUUAUAUUUAUAUUUGAGGAAAUACAUUGGGAAGGAAAGGGGUAUGUUUUGUAUCAA